AGACAUACUAGCACUAAUGAGUGGCUACAGUGAGGCAUUAUAGAGGAAUCAAGAUGGACAUGGGAACACUCUAGAGAGAGAUCCUGAGAAGCUUCCAGAGAAGGAGUACUUUGACUUCUCUAUAAAGAGCAGGUCCAUUCGUUGCAGAGAUCAAAGGUUUCUUCAUUAGCUUAUCAUGACUCACAAAUUGUGUGGGUGGAGCUAAGAUUGCCCAACACCAAGAGACUAAGAAGAAUGGAAGUUGAUGUUGGGGAACACUGUUUUUUCCCUCAAUGCAACAGAUUAGAUUUCCUUCCAUUUGUGUGUGACCUCUGUCAUCAAACAUUUUGUAAAUAUCAUCGAGUCCCCUCCUCUCACAACUGUGAGCACAUCGACACAAAUAUUAUAUCCACAUUGCCUGAGAAACAAGAGUUUCUCUUCCACUGUUCCCUCCCCUCGUGCAAGAAGCGUCAUGUGACUAGUGUGCUGUGUGAGUCUUGUGAGCAGUCGUAUUGCAUCCAGCACAGACACCAGGAGGACCACAGCUGCCCUGCACUGAUAGUAGCCGAGCAAUACUCUACUACGACUGUGAGGGGGAGGCCACUGGGACAACCUGCCAAAGCAACUGGAACAAGUGGGGUGAAAGGUGGCAGUUCAUCCAAACACAUGAGUGGAAAAGUUGCUUUGAUGAAGUUAAAAAUGAGAGCAGUUGGUCUGGACUCCAUACCACAGGUGGAAAGAGUGUAUUUUGAAGUGGAGCUGCCAAGGACUAGUGGACUCCCUAACACCUCCAUGUUUGUCUCCAAGGAGUGGUGUGUUGGACGGACGGUCGAUUAUAUUGCUCAGAGAUUCAAACUAAAGAACGACAAUCACAAAGCACAUGCUCAAAAGCUGUGUCUGUAUUGUGAGGGUGCAGUACUGGGCAUGUCUGAUAAGCUACAGGACCUUAUACACACUGUCAUCACCAUGGGAACUACACUUACACUAGAAUAUGAAUGCAAAUGAUAUCCAAUAAAUUUUUGUUAUGUGAA